AUCAUGUUUGUGUCUAUGGGUGUUUAAAUGAUAUGAUAACAGUAGAGAUGAUAGUUAUAGUGAUGUGUUAUGUUGAUUUGUUGACUGCAUUGGUGAAUGAACGAAACAGAAGAAGGAAGGAAUACAAACACAGUAUUUAUCAAUAUUCUUAUUGGUUGAAAAUAUUGGUGAAGUAAAUAAUAUUCCUGACAUUAAAAUACUGAGUGAAGUUUAGAAACAAUGAAGAACACUGAUAUUUACAGUCACUAUCAGGCACUCCGGCUAAAUUUAAAUACACAUUACAAACUAAUAAAGUAGAGGAGAGGACAGAGAAGCUAACACCAACUUACAUGACAGUAAAACGUGGUAGACACUUAACAUAGUUUCACUGUGUCCACAUGAGACAUUCAUUGUCCUCUCAAAUAGUUUUAUGUUGGAAUUAUGAUUGUUAUUCAUCCUAAUUAUAAAUUUGAGAGGGUGUAAAGUCUUUCAAGGUUUAGUGACAGAGAUGCAAGAACAGGGAAACACCAACAAGUCCAAUUAAGAUACACAUUUAUAACUAAACACUACAACAUUUUACAAACAAUAUGACAGAAACUGGUACACAAGGUUAUGGCUAGUGAAUGAUUCACAUGCACGAUGCAGAGUUAUCUGUUGUGUAGUUUUAGAGACCUGAUGAACAGAUGAGAUGAGUCAAAUUAAAGGUACAGCAUCUUUGUCCUGAAUUACUGAUUGAAGUUAAAUUAUGAAAGCACCCAGGUUUAAGCAAGUUGGUGAAGGUUUUGCAGUUAACUUGCUUGUUCACUGGGGCUGCUUCUCACAGACGAUGGAAUUUGAUGUCCAGAGAUGAGAAGCUGGAGUCUGGAUCUUGUAAUUUUGAUUUGGCCAGUUAGGAUUUAAAAAGUUUAGUUUGUUGGAGAGCUCCUGGUUUAUGCUCCCUUAGUCUUGAUCCUUAACUCUUUAGUCAAUAUUUUGAGGUUUCCUAUUGUUCUAAAUCGAAUCUUCACACUACCACAAUGCAAGCUGUCAACUGGCACUGUAGAAAGAAAGACAAGAAAAACAGUCAGCAACCAGGAACCACAGAGUCUCAGAUAAGAAACACAUUUAUUGUGUGUGUUCUGAUAAAUAUUUGUCCUGUUACUUAUUGUUGUUUGCCCUUUGAACAGUUGUUUAGUAAAUCAUUUAUGUCCUAAAAGUCAGAGUUCACAAUAAGAUUAGAGUCAAUGUCAGCUAAUCUCUGUGUGUGAUUGGCUCUCAAAGGUGAGUUAUGAAAGCCAAUGGUGAAGGCUUAUCCAAGUGGUAUCAUCCAUUCACACUGGGGUAUUAUUGGUCUUUCUAUCUUACUGUAUCUUGUAGCUUGAAGGAUAAAAUGUGGUUUUGGUCAGUGAUCUGGUUUAGUGACCAUGCAGGAGAUGGAGGGUUCCUCAUCUGAUCCUUUCUCUUCACAAGGUGUUUAGAUGAUCAGUGAGGAGUUGGGAACCCUCACUGUAACAGGUGUGUGUUGAACCCAAAUUCAGUACACCAGAUAACAGGAUUAGUUUGUAAUGAUUUUAAAUGUCAGCUUCAGCAGGUUAAGAUAAGAUAAUAAAUUCCUUUAUUAGUCUCAUGAUGGGGAAAUGUACAAUAUCGCAGCAGUAAAGUUGACAGUAAAAAAGCAUCAAUAAAAAGAAAAAAAAACAAUAAUUAAUAAAUACACAAGCAAUAAAAAACAAUUAUAGUACAAAAACAGGUUCAGAGGCAAAGAGAUGAGUAGCAACACAGUUCAGUGCAAUGUUCAGGUAAAGAGUGUCUGUGGGCUUGGGAAGAGUCAGAGGGCCCAGACUGGGGAAGCCAUACCUACCAGUGGAUGAGUGGAGCGAGGUGAAUAGGCUCACACACACAAUAGUUCAGUUGGGGACAGGUAGACUGACAUGUUGACCAGGUAAAGCACAGCCAGGUCUGACCUAAUGACCUAAUGCCUUAUGCUAACCUUAACCCUACAAAUCUUAACCUCAUGGUAAACAGUUAACAUUGUGAGAAGAGUCUCCUUUGUCCCAGUAAUGGAGCAGAGUCCCCACAAUGUAGGUGGAUGUCAGGUUUGGGGCCCAACAAAGUCAUGUUAACAGAGACACACACACUCAAUGACAACAUGUUUCCACUUGUUCAGAAAAUAGUUUUAUCAGUGUGAAGCAGCAGCUGUUCAGUCAUUUAUUAAUAUUUGUGAUAUUAAUACAGUUCAGACACAUCAGAGCAUCCAGACUGACUGACAUCAAGAUUUUCAUCAGAUCCCCUCAGCAGAACUCUGAUGAUGAAGCUGGUUUCAGUCUUCCUCCUCCUCCUGGCUCCAGUGUUGACCUGCUGCUUACCUCUGGUCCUCCCGCUGGACUGCAGUGACAUCCAUAACAAUGACAACAGCCAACUCAGUGGAGUGUACACCAUCUAUCCCAUCGGAGCCACGUCUGCUGUCCAGGUGUACUGUGACAUGGACUCAGAUGGAGGAGGCUGGACGGUGUUCCAGAGGAGGAUGGACGGCUCGGUGAACUUCUACAGGCCCUGGGAUCACUACAAGAAGGGCUUUGGUAGCGCUGCUGGAGAGUACUGGCUGGGCCUGGAGAGUCUCUUCCAUCUGACUCUGAGGAAAAAGUUUGAGCUGCUGGUCGACAUGGAGGACUUCAGUGGGAACAAAGCGUUUGCUCGUUACUCCUCGUUCUCCAUCGACCCAGAGUCCCACGGAUACAGACUGCAUGUGUCUGGAUUCACUAAUGGAGGAGCAGGAGACUCCCUGAGUGUUCACAACGGACAGAAGUUCUCCACCUUCGACAAAGACCAGGACUCCAGCAGCAGUAACUGUGCCAGAACCCGCCUGGGGGCGUUCUGGUACAACAACUGUCUCCAAACAAAUCCCAAUGGGGUUUAUCGCUGGGGGGCUGAUGGCACUAUCUAUAGUGUUGGAGUGGACUGGUACUCGUGGAAGGGUUAUGACUACUCCCUGAAGACCAUCAGCAUGAAGAUUCGUCCUGUGCAGUAAUUCUCCAGAACGAACAAAUAGAAUAUCUGUUGAUCUCUUUCUUUGUUUCUCUCUGAUCUGUAACCUCACAUAUAAAUGAAAUAAAUAUUUCCAGCAUGAAUAAAAGUCAGAGUGGAGUGUGUGUGUGAGCAGCUGCUGGGUGUAAAGUCUUGUAUCAAAC